GGAAAGGGAAGGGAAGGAAGAAAAAGAAAAAAGAAAAGAAGGAAGGAAAGAAAUUCACUCCUGACUGGGCUCUGUAGCUGGAUCUGGGACUGGACUCCAAAUCUCCACAGGCUGUGGCUGACCGGGCUCCCUACACUCUCCUCCUGCCAGCCAGGACCUCCUCCAUACCCAGGACCCUGGAAAGCUAGUUUACUUCUAGGUUCACAUCUUCUUGCCAACAAAGCUUCCAACGAAGUUGCAUUUAAGCCCUCAGUCAACCACCUCACCCAGACAGGGCCCCACUAGUCUUCCAUUGCCCACCUGUAGCUUUUGUCCUGGAUUCUGGCUAUGCCACCUCCUUAACACUUUCCCACUGUUCCCAAAGCCAUGACCUCCGCAAAACCACGCCUCCCGGAGGCUCCGCCUCCCUGAGUGCCCCUCCUCCAGCCACCUCUGCUAAACUUCACUCAAGUCCUAACUUGGCUUGGCCAAUCCUUUCCCUGUCCCUGGGUUUGGCUUGCACUUUCUUCUCAGGUUUCUCUCCUCUGAGGCCAAAAAAGCCCAUGGGCACACUUUCCUCAUCUUCAGUAAAAGUGGGAAGAGCAUAAGGACCACCCUGCACAACACGGUUGAGGGAAACAGAAAUGAUCAAGUAUUACCCCUCUCUGACCCUGCCAUUCAGAUGGUCCUCCUCUGGGAUUCCUGCUCAGGAUGCAUGGAUGGACUUCAGAAAGGUGCACUAUGGAGGGACAACACAUUUGAGAAAAAUACGAAGCAGCAGUUUUGAAGCCUGAGCAAUGAAACUCAUCCUUCCCAACCCAACUGGGCUUAAUUCAGCCUCACUGAACCUGAUCUGAGUCUCUCAGUUCCCUGGGCUUGCUACAGCUCUCUGAUCCUACAAUCUUCUUCAAUUCCAGCUAGAAUGCUGUGUCAAGCACUUCUCAGAUUUGGUCAAAAAUUGGUACGGAGACGUAAGUUGUGUCAGCCACUGGCUGAAGAUGAACAAGUCAGAAGCCUGAACACUCUGGAUUUAGUGGCCAUGGGUGUGAGCUACACAGUGGAUAUAAGUGUGUAUUUUCUGGCUGGUGAGGUGGUUAGAGAUCAAGCUGGACCAGCCACUGUGAUCUGCUUUUUGGUGGCUGGCCUAUCUUCUGUGUUGGCUGGACUGUGUUAUGCAGAGUUUGGUGUCCGGGUUCCCCAUUCUGGAUCUUCGUAUCUCUACACCUAUGUCACUGCAGGUGAACUUGGGGCUUUCGUCACUGGCUGGAACCUCAUCCUCUCCUUUGUUGCCUAUAUAGCCAUUGUGAUCCGAGCCUGGACUUUAGCUUUGGACAGCAUUUUCAGGAACCAGAUCUCUCAGACCCUGCAUGGGAGCAACUCAUCACAUGUUUCCCAUAUCUUUGCAGAAAUUCUAGGCUUCUUUGUUGUGGGCCCUAUGUUUUUGCUCAUGGAAUUGCUGACUCGGAAUGUUAGGCAGCUUUCCCUGGUUAUCAAAGGAUUCACAUUGGUGAACUUUUUCAUUGUCAGCUUUGUCAUCAUCUCUGGCUUCAUUAAGGGGGACCUGCACAACUGGAAGCUCACAGAAGAGGACUACAUACAGGCUGGACUCAAUGACACCUCUCGCUUGGGCCCUCUGGGCUCUGGAGGAUUCAUGCCUUUUGGUUUCCAGGGGAUUCUCCGAGGAUCAGCUACCUGUUUCUAUGCAUUUAUAGGUUUCGAAUAUAUUGUUGCCAAAGUAAAAAAAGCCAAGAACCCCCAUCGUUCCAUCCCCAUGGGCAUUGUGAUUUCACUGCUCAUCUGUGUUUUGGUGUAUUUUGGUGUCUCUGCCACACUUACACUUAUGAUGCCUUACUAUCAGCUUCAACCUGGGAGCACCUUACCUGAGAUAUUUCUCCAUAUUGGCUGGGUCCCUGCUUACUAUAUUGUAGCUUUUGGAUUUUUCUGUUGUCUCUCUGACAGCUUCUUGGGCUAUAUGUUCCCCAUAAGUCAGGCGAUAUACAUGAUGGCAAAGGAUCGCCUCCUGUUCCCUGUCCUUGCCAGGAUCCAAACUGGUUCAUAUGCCUCCGUGGCGGCCACUGUGAUAUUUGGCAUUAUUGGAGCAAUCAUGGCAUUCUUCCUUGGACUCACCAAUCUUCUGGACCUAAUGUCAGUUGGGGCCCUGCUAGAUUACUCCCUGGUGGCUUUUUGUGUUCUCAUUGUCAGGUAUCAGCCUGAGGGGAAGAAUGGGGGAAAUGAAGCACAGGUGCAGGAGGAGAAUGGGGGAAAUGAAGCACAGGUGCAGGAGGAGACUGGACCUGCAGCAGAGAAGCUGACUCUACAAGCACUAUUUUUUCCAGAUAGCCCCACCCCCACUUCACUCUCUGGCAGGAUUGUCUGUAUUUGCUCCUCACUGCUUGCUCUGCUGCUGACUGUCCUCUGCCUGGUGCUGGCCCACUGGCCAGGCCUGCUUUCUGGAGACCCAGGUCCCAUCACAGUGGUCGUGCUGCUCCUGGUGCUCAUCACUGGGAUCACUGGGGUCAUCUGGAGACAGCCACAGAGCUCCACCCACCUUCCCUUUAAGGUCCCUGCUCUGCCUCUCCUCCCACUCCUGAGCAUCUUUGUGAAUGCCUCCCUUAUGAUGCAGAUGACAGCUGCCACCUGGUCCCGAUUUGGUGUCUGGAUGCUGAUUGGGUUUGCUAUCUACCUCAGCUAUGGGAUCCAGCACAGCCUGGUCCCUUAGCUGCACUUCAGUUAGGGCCAAAACUGUAGACUCAGCAGUGAACUCAGCAGUGCCAGUCCAUAUUUGGGUUGACAUCAUCACACCUGAAUGUAGUCUGGUCCCCUGUGAUAAUGAAGUACUUUUGAGCACAUGGAAAGCUAGGCUUCCCAUGGGUAGUUGCUGGGAGAACACUAAAACAGCUCUGUAUUUGUUGUGAAAUGAAGGAUGUGUCUUUGCUCUUUCUCCUUUUUUGGGGGGCGGUCUACUUUUCAAUUGUGUCUAUAGUGUGUACUGAGUUUUAAAAAGUUAUUAUUGAAAGAAACUAGAAAACGUGUUUUUGUUUUCUUUCGGUUAAUAUCCAGUAGUGGAAAUACUGGAUAAUAUGGUAGUUUUAUUUUUAAUUUUCUGA